AUGUUCCCCCAGCGGUAUGCAGCAGCGGGGUACCGCACAUGUCUGGUGGUGCAGUCUCAGGACCGAGUGGCCGACAGGCUGCUCGGCAUGCGCCUCACACCCACCCCCCAACCCGUGCCCGCACCCGCUGCUGCUGCUGGUGAUGCUGCUGCUGCGGACGCUGCCUCCCAGACGUCGCUGCUGUGUGCUCUCCGUGUGGAAACCACCAAGCUGCUAUUGGCUCCUCUUGAGGUUAUAAAGAAGGCGGACGAGCGGCUGGGGAUCACACAGGGCGCACUGGCAGAGGAGUGUGGUAUACAGGAUGAUGGACGAACGGGGGAGGCGGAGGUGGAGGUGUUUGAUGGACCCACCACGUGGGAGGUGCUGCAGAUCCUGGCCAGCCUAGAGAAGAGCAGGUGGUAUCUGAGGAGGUUCCGAGCGCUGGCAGAGCGGACAGACAUCGGCCGCGUGGCCCUGCCCUCCGUAGCUCGCCUGCUGGACUCCAUCGUGGGCUCCUCCAAAGGGGGUAGCGGGAGUAGCAGCAGUGGGAGUGGGAGUGGAGGGGAGGAUGGGCAGCGCAGCACGGCAGAGAUAUGGGAGAAGCUCGACUCCUUCCUCUCUAAAGCCGUCUCAGCCUUUGCCGACCCCUACCGCACGUCUGUCUUCCUAUUGGCCGACACAGCGAGCCACUCAUCAGUCGACACGUGUCGCCGCAUCUGGGGCUGCGCAGUGCAAGCAGGCGUGUCCCCUUCAGGCGUCUUCCUUCUCCCAUCGGACGUAGCAUCAGAGGGACUGGCAGAAAAGUUUUCUCCGCUGCCCGUGGCAGAGCUGCCCGUGGUAUCAGAGGAGGCACCGGCGGCUGUAGCGGCCGCGGCCGGGCAGAUGAGCGACGGGGCAGUAGCGGUUAUGAACGGGGAAGGUGUGGGGAAGGCUCCUCCGGCCGUGGACGUGGACGUGGCAGCAUGCACGGUUCGUCUGUUUCUGCCGGGAUUCGACAAGCAAGAGGUCAAGCUGCAACAGUGGAAGGGCGGGGCAGAGCUGCUGGUAGAAGCAGGGGACCAGAGGCGGUGUGUGGAGCUGCCCCAAGCCAUUCAGGGGAAGUCUCGGCAUUCAACUACUAACUACCACAUCAACACGCUCACAGACGUUGCGGCCUUCCUUUCUCAAUUCAUAAUUACGCGCUACUCACUGCGCCUCUCGUCUCGUUACGUGCCAUAUUCCGAGAGCCUGUCCGAGAUCGCUCACCAGUUAGCACCUCUAUCAAUAGCUCUGCGUAGAUCACCUCGUAGUAGCUCGAACAUCGUCAUGGCACGCACUGCAGCUCCUUCCACGCUGGGGCUUGUCACUCUGCUCGUCACAGUUCUUUUGGCAGCACAACGAGUCGAAGCGGGCCGGUUUCUCCCCAGCGCCGGCAAUCUUCCCACCAACCGUCUUCCACCCAGCUUGAAUUCAGCCGUCGCGGCGGCAGGCGCAGCAGCCAGCAGCAGCAACCCCGCAGCAGCGCUCAAAUCGACGCUCUCAGGCCUCCAGUCGUCCCUCAACGGCCAGAUUACGUCUCUCGACGCGCUUCUCAAGAAAUCGCUCGAGAAGAUCUCGGCAGCUCUCAAAAGCAGCCCGUCAGCUGCAGAAGACGCGCUCCAGACGCAGAUAUCCACGCUAAAAGCCAACCUCGCUGCUCUAAACGAGAGCCUCGUCAAUCUGAAAUCGCUGAACAACUCAGGAUCGGAUCUGAAUGUCACGGAUUUUAUUUCCUCCCAGAUCUCCGGGAUUCGAUCAAACAUUUCCUCCAUCAGCACCGGCAUCGCCGCUUUGAACAAGGACCUGGACGGGAUAAUCGGCUCGCGCGUAGGCUCGGGGGUAGGCUCGGGCGCAGGCUUGGCGGGCGCGUUGCGUCCAGCAGCCGGGGCGGCUUCCACGAGUGGGAGCGCGGCCAUCCGCGCGGCGGUGAGGCAGCGGCUGGCGGCUGUGACGCAGCGAGUGGCGGGGCUCAACGGGAACGUGUCCGCCCUCGUCGGAAUGGUGACCGACUUGCACAGCGCGCUGAGCAGCGCUCUGGAUGGCGCUCUGGAUGGCGCUCUGAACGACGCUUUGAACGGCGCUCUGAAUGGGGGCGGCGGUGUGAGCGGCGGCGUGGUGGGGAAUCUCGCGAAUCUUCUGCCCCAGCAGGCGGGCAUGCUGCGUGCCGUGCUGACGUCAUGCAAUGGCCUGCUGUCUCUCCAAGCCGGCGCUGCUGACAUUCAGAUCCUCAAGAUUGGCUCGAACUACAUGCUCACAUACUACCUGUACGUAGCAGGAGUGACCAAGGCCCCGGACCCGCAGGCCAUUGUCAAGGGCAGCGCCUGCGGCACCGCUGCUGCUUCAGCAGCCCUGGCCCUGCCUGGCACGUGGGUGCCCAUGAGCCCUGUGUCGUGGUCGUUGGCCAAUGCCGUCAGGGCGUCCGCUGCUGACGUGGCGGAUGUGCUGGCGUCGAUCCAAGGGAUCACCAAUGAUGACCUGUACAUUGGAUUCUCAGGGGAAAAUGGGACACUGUCAGGGAGAAUGAUGGGUGGAAGAGUGUGA